CCAAGGCAGGGGUUGUGUGUGGCGACUGGCGUGUCAGUGUGUCCAGUUUUCCACACUCUGCGCCGAUUGUCGGGUGACGACCUGAUUCAUCCAGCGCGUGGAAUGUAAACCGGGGCGAAAUACGCCUCGCGGUGCAAGAAGCCAGAAGCUGCUCGCGCCGCUCUCGUUUGUAGGGGUACUGUCUAACCGGGGCUCCUGACGUUUAUCUGCGUAAAACAACAGCUUCUAGGAUUGACGCAAUUAACAGAGAAAUAAUGUGCAACCGCACUUUAAUGUCCCUUUGAUCAUGACAAAGUCAGAUAUUCGGCGAUCCUCACAGUGGAGCUCAAGACACGCACGGCGCGCCUGAAGCCGCAAGGUUACGGGAAACAGCUGCCUGCUCUCGUUGCUGAGCUCUCCAGCCAAAAAGAGCUUCAUUGAAGUCGAAGGACACGAUAUUGCUGAUGCAUGGAGGAAGCUGAAGUCAGAGAAAUCCACAUCCUGCAAUCCAGUACUGACUCUGCGAGCUCUGUAUAGCUCACCUCUUCAGCUGGCGUCAUGUUCCGGAACAGUCUAAAGAUGCUGCUCACGGGUGGCAAGUCCAACAGGAAGAGCCGCAACAGCAGCGAUGGAGGGAGCGAGGACGCUGGGGAUACCAACCGCACGACCAGCCUAGACCCCCACCUCUACGCACUCACUGGUCAAGGUGGCAGUGUGGACAGCGACUGUGCGUUUGGGGACCCGGACUACGCGGUGCCGCCACCCCUGGCCAUGGUGGAGGGCCUGCAGCACGUGCGCAUGAUGGAGGGGGUGUCGCGCUCUCUCCCCUCCUCCCCACUCCUCGCCCACCAGCACGCCGGAGCACGGCUGCAGCCGGGACGCAAGAUCGUGGGUACAGGUACGCCACUCUGCACAAUGCAUUCUGGGACUUUGAGUUUUUUUUUUUUUUAGAGUUGGAGAGGAGGAUGUGGAAGCUCGAGGAAAAGAGGUAUGCCGCUCUGGAAUUGCAUUCUGGGACGUUGAGUUUCAGCAGGGUUGGAGAGGGGCCAAGUAGUAAACGAAUGAAGUGGAAGCUUCUUUUUCCUGAUGUGAUGCUGAUGGAAUAACCUGUUCUGUGUUACGGUUUCAUGGUUCUGCUGAUGAUGCCUUCUUGAUCCAGACUGGCUCUUGGUUCUAAUGUUGAAUGACUGAUGCAGACUGGCAUAUCACUCUCCUGGUGUUAAAGGCCUGUUCUAGACUGGGUUAUGGUUCUGAUGUAAGAAGCCUGUUCUAGACUGGCUUAAGGGUUCUGAUGUAACAUAGCCUGUUCUAGACUGACUUACGGUCGUGCUGAUGUUAGACGCCUGUUCUACACUGGCUCACUGUAGCGUUCUUGUUAAACUCCUGUCCUAGAGGG